UUGUAGGUGGACGGCGGAGUGUCUGCCGGAGGAGGCGGGGUUGUAGGCUGCUUGACACGAACAACCUGCCAGCGAGCCUCAACUCAGAACCACAAAUACGUUAAAUAACCAGAGAGAGUUUAAUAAAUAGUUCGGGUUGUCAGCUGUGUGUGCGGUCGGUUCAGUUUGGCCAUUUUAGCGUCUUAACCCCGCUCGCCCGUGCUGACUCGACUCAGCGUGUGUAACCAACCACCGGGAGAGAGUCGACGGAUCCUCCAGCGUCCCUCUCCUCCUCUCCUCUCCGUGUUUCAGGGUGAGGUGACCGCGGAGGACCGCAGUGAACGGGGGGUUUUGCUGCAGCAGAUCCGUGGAGAGGAACCUCUUUGCCUUCCACUGCAGGUGCAAAACAAUGGAGGUGAAAGUCGAACAACAGGACGAAGACAUCACUUUCAGCAACACAGACACUAAUGGUAAACGCCCAGCCGAGGACAUGGAUGAGGAGCAGGCCUUCAAACGUUCCCGCAACACGGAUGAGAUGGUUGAGCUGCGUGUGCUGCUUCAGAGCAAAAAUGCUGGUGCAGUUAUUGGAAAGGGUGGCAAGAACAUAAAAGCCUUACGCACAGAUUACAAUGCCAGUGUAUCAGUCCCAGACAGCAGUGGCCCAGAGCGGAUCCUGAGCGUGAAUGCCAGCAUCGACACUAUCGGAGAGAUUCUGCUCAAAAUCAUACCCACUCUCGAGGAGUACCAACAUUACAGCGGGAUUGAUUUUGACUGUGAGCUUCGGCUGUUAAUCCAUCAGAGCCUGGCAGGGGGCAUCAUCGGGGUGAAAGGUGCCAAAAUAAAGGAGCUGAGAGAGAACACCCAGACCACCAUCAAGUUGUUCCAGGAGUGCUGUCCACACUCCACCGACAGAGUGGUUUUAGUGGGAGGGAAACCAGAGCGUGUCAUUGAAUGUAUAAAAGUUAUCCUGGAGCUGGUGUCAGAGGCACCGAUCAAAGGUCGCGCCCAGCCUUACGACCCCAACUUCUACGACGAGACGUACGACUACGGCGGAUUCACCAUGUUAUUUGAGGAGAGGGGCAGACGACCCAUGGGCGGCUUCCCCAUCCGUGUGCGCGGGGGUUUCGAGCGCAUGCCUCCCGUUCGUGGUAAUCGGCCCCCGCCUCCUUCCAGAAGGGACUACGAUGACAUGAGCCCACGUCGGGGGCCACCGCCUCCGCUAAGCAGAGGACGAGGGGGAAGCCGUGCUCGUAACCUGCCUCUCCCCCCGCCACCGCCGCCAAGAGGAGGAGGAGACAGGUUUUCACAUGGCAGCUAUCAUGGAAGCAUGGACGACAGACCAAGUGACAGAAGAGGCAGAGGAGACCGUUACGACAGCAUGAGUGGAGGCGGAUAUGACAACAAUUCUUCCUGGGAGCACUUUCAGCCUGGCGGUAGAGGGUCAUACAGCGAUAUCGGAGGCCCAGUUAUCACAACGCAAGUCACCAUCCCAAAAGAUCUGGCUGGCUCCAUCAUCGGUAAGGGCGGCCAGAGGAUCAAGCAGAUCCGCCAUGAGUCCGGGGCAUCCAUCAAGAUUGAUGAACCACUAGAGGGCUCUGAGGACCGCAUCAUCACCAUCACAGGGACACAGGACCAGAUCCAGAACGCCCAGUACUUGCUGCAGAACAGUGUGAGGCAGUACUCUGGGCGGUUCUUCUAGGAAGGAUGAAGUGAAAUGAAGAAGAAGAAGGGUGAAGCCAUGCUGCCAUACUGUUUGCUCCUUCUAUUCAGAGCCCACAUUCCUCUGCUUUGGGUAGAUGCGCCUGAUCCCCUCACCGUCACAAACAGAGUUUUUAUUUGGAGAGGAGAAAAAUCUUAAGCUGUCAAACAGCAAACAAUGAGUCAACAACAUGUUUUGUGCUGGUGUAAUUAUUAUUUUUUUUGGAUUCUUGUGCUGUUACUGGAUUAAAUCCAUCUGUGUGAUAACUUUUGGUGUUGUGAGCCAUCGCUGGCCCUUAUCUCCUUCAUUUCAGUGCAGCAUGCAGAAUGUAAUCGUUUUGUUCAGAACAAUAUGUUUGUUUUUUUUCUCGAAUUCUUUAAGCAUACUCUCCAAAUGAAGUUGCAUGGUUUAAUUUUAAGACAAUCUGCAACACUCUUUUCCACUGUAAAAUGAAGUGCUUUUUGUACGGCUUUUUGUUUUUUUGUUUUUGUUUUUUCUCAUGGGCUUUAAUGGAGUAAAGAAAUUGGGACAUAGAGGUAUUCAACUUUGGCCUGAGAAAAUAUCACAACCAUUGGCUGAUUACAAAGAUAUAGUCUAGAAUAAAACUUCUUAUCAGACUUGGUUGAUUGUGGGGAAAAACUGCCGUUACCAUGGAGAUAUUGCAUUUCUUUAGCCUUAACCUGGUUGUAAACCCGGUUGUAAAGCGGCUAACCCUUGUAAUAAGUCUAUUUUUGUGAAACUGUGCAACAGGUAUUCGAUUAACCUAAUUAGAACUGGAGACCGGUCUAAAACAUAUUUAAAUAACGACCACUUCACAAUAAAUAUAUAUGGUUUCAAAACGCAGCAGGGUUAUAGCUAACGUUAACAUAAAAAAAAAAAAAACGGGGAACAAUCUUCAACAUGUAUGAGCAACUUAAAAAAACCUCCAACAUAGAUACAUUAUAUCACAUUUGUUGAUUCUGUGCCGAAAAAUAAAGAUAAAAUGUACUUUUGUUAAGUCUUUAAAAUGCAGGUAUGGGUUGUUUACGCUUGCUUACGCUUUGUGGCGUCUCUUCUGGUUGCCUGGCAACUGCUCAGCAAGCAUCACCGCAUAAAACGGCUAAUUGUUUUAUUUUAUUUUAUUUUAUUUUUGGGCAUUUAAAACACGAAAUCUGUUUAAUAUUUAAUUACACUUACUACACUUUGUUGCCGUUCAGUAGUGUUCUGGCUAAUAAUUUCCACCUCCUUUGAGUGUUUGUGCUAAGCUAACCGCUAUCUGUUAUCUAGGUUUAUCCGUUUGGCCAAUUCUCGACCAGAAGGCGAAUAAACCUAUUUCCCAAAAUGUCUGGCUUUAAGUUGGGAUAAAUGUACCAGUUUGGUAUGAAAAAAAAGAAGAAAAAAAAGAAGAAAACAUUGUUAUCGUUCAUUGAAACACAACGAAUUGUAUAAAGUGUGUGCGUGUACAUAUACUGUAUAUUUACAUGAAAACAGUAAUUUCAUGAGUGCUUUCGAUUGGCCCCGGCUACUUGACACUUUCUUGGAAGGAGAUGGUGCCAAAAACAAAACAGGUUUGGUAAUCUUUUGUUUCCUCUCGAUUCAUUUACCACCACUCAGUCACGGGGAUGGACUCGCCUCAGUGCAAACUUAUUAUCAGAUCUGUUGGAUUCAUUUUUUUUUCUUGCAAUUUGACGGUGCAUACGUCUUUUCAAUGUAUUUCGAAACUUGCAGUUUUGUGAGUCCAUGAGUGGUGUUUUUCCGUGUCUUGGUAAUCUGUAGUACCUGCAGGUGUUUAGUAAAUAAAUAAUAAUAAUAAAAAAAA